CGGAGCAGCAUGCUGUCUCCCUAAGCCCUCCCCUCUCUAUGCCUUUCACUGUGCAGCCUCAUUCUUUUUGCCUUUUUUUAUUUUUUUUCCCCCAUAAUAGGCUCCAUGUCUGUUCUGCUGGAAAAGAUCGAGGACCAAUUAUACUUCUGAAAAAAACUAGUGCACACUUUCAUCUCACCGGUUCUAGAGGAUGCUAUACGGAUGAUGCUAAACAUAGCUCACACAGAGGACCAAGUGCAUUGAUCCCCUGACUGAGAAGCUACAUCUCAGUGUUCUGUUAUUUCUACAUGCUAAGGUUCCAUCCAAUCCUCCUGCUGCUACUAUUGGUCCUUACAGAAUGGCAUGGAACGCUGGAUUCCAGAAUGCUUAACCUGACUGAGCUCCAGGAAUGGAGCUGUGGGGAAUCAUUGGCUGCGUCUUCAUGGUCCUGCUCAUUCUAGCGGCGGUGCUGUCCAACGGCAUGGUGCUGAUCUGCUUCCUGAGCUGCACGGACAUCCGAGCUCAGGUCCCUGGUUUAUUUAUUCUUAACCUGACCUUGUGUAAUCUGCUCCUGGCAGUGAUCAACAUGCCCCUUACCCUGGUAGGGGUCAUACAUGGUCACCAGCCCGGGGGAGAAGGUCUCUGCAGGGCAGUGGGCUUCUUGGAAACUUUUUUGACCAGCAACUCCAUGCUGAGUAUGGCAGCACUGAGCAUUGAUCGUUGGGUGGCCGUGGUGUUCCCUUUAAGUUAUCACUCCAAAAUGAGGUACCAGGAUGCUGCACUCAUCCUACUUUACUCUUGGAUCCACUCAUUGUCCUUCCCAACUGUAGCUCUUUGCCUGUCUUGGGUUGGGUUCCACCAGACGUAUGGGUCUUGCACACUCUACAACAGGAAACCAGAGGAAGGCGCCUCUUUCAUGGCUUUCAUGGUCCUCUUCCACCUCCUCAGCUUCCUCCUUUCCUUUCUGGUCCUGUGUGUUACCUACCUACAGGUCCUCAAAGUAGCUCGCUCCCACUGUAGAAGGAUUGAUGUGAUAACAAUGCAGACACUGGUACUACUAGUAGACUUGCACCCAAGUGUGAGGCAACGAUGUUUGGAAGAACAGAAGAGGAGGAGACAGCGAGCAACAAAAAAAAUCAGCACGUUCAUUGGCACUUUUUUGUUGUGUUUCUCUCCAUAUGUCAUUACCAGGCUCGUUGAGAUAUCCUCCUCAACUCCGAUCAACUCUACCUGGGGCAUUGCCAGCCGGUGUCUAGCCUACAGCAAGGCUCUGUCCGACCCCUUUGUUUAUUGUCUCUUACGGAAUCAGUAUAAAAGUUGUUGUCGAGAUAUGGUCAACAAAAUCUUAAAGCGCAGUUCUUCUGGUCACUCUUCUGCAGAGAGGGUAAACUCAUAUGUAGGAAAUUUGGUGCCAGCAACUGAACAAUAAGGUCAAGAGACCCUUCAACCAAAUACAGAUGGACCAAAUAUAACAUGAAAGAUAAUUUUGAAAACGAAGGUGAAUACGUAUUUUGAAGGCACCUUGAUGUGCUAAUUAUACCAGUAGGCUUGCCAUAAACCUGGGAAAGGAUAUGGCAAUGGACACCAAAAAAAGGAUAUUAGACUUUGAAAAUGCUGCUUUUUGGGCUAUUAUAAAUAUCAGUAAAGAACCAUUCCAAAUAACAGAUAAUAUUGUCACUUAAAGACCCCAAAAGAACAGUAAGAAUGUCUAAUUUAGGCUGUGUAAAUAUUUGCACUAUGAAGUGUCUACGUGAUUAAGAAACUGGAACGUUGGCAGGAGAACAUGUCAUGUGGAAAUGGUAAGGUGCAAACGCACACACCUGGCCUUGCACAUAGAGAGAUGUAAAUGUAUUUAUGUACUCACAGCUAUUUAAUAAUUUACACAUGGAAGAACCAAGACCCAUUCUACAGUCUCUGAACAUUUGUGCUCUUUUUAAAGCCAUUCGAAGGCUGAUAUUGCUACGUAAAGUCAUAAUAAAUUGGAGAAUAAAGGCACAGAAAUGUGGAAUAAUUAUAGGAUUUGAGGAACAAUCAUUUAUUUACUUUGGGGGUGAAAGGCAACAAUGCGAAAAAUGUCUGUAAAAAUGAUUGUUUCAUUGUCGAUGGCAGUGGGGGAUUUAGUGCAACAUGUAUGUUCUCAUAAAAAGAACUAAACAAUGGUAUUACAAAGCACAUGAAAAAAAAAGCAAAACAGAAAAGCCUGUGGGGUGUUAAACAUUUACAUGUUUAUCCAGUAUCAUAUUAAUCACUGGACGUGGUGACUUUGAAGUCAAAUGCAGUCAAAGACAAUUGUAUUAUUUGUUGUGAAGGGACAUGUGGGAAUUAUUACAACAUGGUAGGAGAUCAAACUAAUCCAAAAUUCGGACCGGAUGCCUUUGUGGUAUGAUGUAACAAGAAACGCUAAGCGGUCUCUUUUUAUACAGUGCGAUUACCAUUAAAGUAAGUGAAGAAGAUAAUUAAUAUUGGAUCUCAACAUCAUGAGAAGAACGAAAUCUGUCAGUAAUCCCUUAAAGUCUUCCUCGAACAAAAGAAUAUCCUACAUGUACAGGGAACAAAAUUAUUUAAUUAAA